CCACGUCUUCCUCAGUUCUGAUUUUCUGUUUAGGAUUUAACGGUAAUGGAGAGGAACCUCAAAUCAGGUAGUAGUCCGGAAAGGGUCCCCUGCGAUUUCUGCAGCGAAGAGAUCGCGGUCUUGUAUUGUAGAGCUGAUACUGCCAAGCUCUGUUUGUUCUGUGAUAAGCAUGUCCACUCCGCUAACGCCUUAUCUCGUAAGCACCUCCGUUCUCAGAUCUGCGAUAAUUGUAGUUCCGAGCCAGCAUCCGUGCGUUGCUCUACCGACAAUCUCGUGCUCUGCCAGGAGUGCGACUGGGACGCCCACGGCACCUGCUCUGUCUCGGCUUCCCAUGAGCGUAGUCCGCUGGAAGCAUUCUCUGGCUGCCCAUCGCCUAUAGAGCUCGCAUCCAUCUGGGGGUUCGAUAUCGGUGGCGAUAAGAAAACUCAACUACCACCGGAUAACCAUAUGGUGCUGCCCGAUUGGUCGUCUCUGGAUUUGAUUAUGUUAGCUGAUCCAUCGGUUUACAAAUCAGAAUCCGCCGCAACCACUACACUUCAAGAACUGGUGGUGCCCAAUUACAAAUCUCAUAUCUACUCUCAUGUUCCCUGUGCCGACGUGCCCCCAGCCGUGUCCAAACGGGAACAGAAUUUUAGCCACGGGAAGCACAAGCAAGUGAUUUUUAAGCAGUUGGUAGAAUUGCUUAGGCGAGGGCUUCCUGACGACUUGCGUCCAAGGACACCUGGUAGGACUACUGCGCAACAGGGGAGCAUGGAAGAUCUCGAUUUGCAUACAGAAGCUGACCGGGCUAUGGAUGAUAACCAGUCCUUGCAUCACCAAGCACCUUACGCUUCUAUGUUCAUGCUUCCGGAGAGUUUGGAUCUAAAAGAGAACGAUGGUCUGGUAGAAGAUAACAUUCUUUGGGAUAAUCCUCCCGAACAGUCCAGCCAGAUUUGGGAUUUUAAUUUAGGAAGAUCAAGGGAUCAUGAAGCAUCAGGCCCUUUAGAUGUAGGAUAUGGUACAAGCAGUGCAGGCUUUGUGAUCAAGAGUUAUAGUGACCUUCUUAAAGAAACUCCCUCGGAAACAAUUAAAGUUCUUAAAGACAUUUACCAGUGGAAUUUCACUACAGCAGAUGAGCAUUUCUCAGCACAAAAUAACAACUCAAACAAUCCAGCUGCAAGCCAAGGGCCAGCAACAUCUGAAAGCAACAAUGUAUGUAUUCUAGGGGCAGGCAGUGGCAGUUCUAAAGAUGGCAAUUUCAUGGAAUACCCUGUCCUGACUGGAGGUGAGACCAUGGGAGCAGCAACAACCAAGGUUGACAUGGAGUUGCUGGCAAAGAACAGAGGCAAUGCCAUGUUACGUUACCAGGAGAAAAAGAAAACGCGAAGAUAUGAUAAGCACAUCCGGUAUGAGUCAAGGAAGGCAAGGGCUGAUACUCGGAAGCGAGUGAAGGGUCGGUUUGUCAAAGCUGGUGAAGCUCCAGAUUUUGAAAUCAACAAUUGAAUGUGUUUUUU